CACAUUGAUCCAGUGUCGACCUCGAACUUACACUUGAUUCGUAUUGGUGGUGCGCCUGAGGACAAUUAUCUCUACUAGUAGGCAGUCAUGGCUCAAGAACCCCUCCGCGUUGCCCUGAAUCCUUUGGAUCAUCUACCUCCGCCGACUUACGCCAGCGGUGUCUUGUACCUGCGUCUCCGAGGAACAUCGAGCUUCGAGAAGGUUUUUGAUUUUCUUCGCGAAGCAUUACACAGGACUUUUGUCCAGCUGCCGUGGCUCGGCGGUAAAGUGCACCCAGUCUCGACAGGCACCCCGGGGACUCUAGAGAUCCGUCAUCACCCGGUGCAUCCAGACGGGCCACGACCAUACCAACUCAGGUUCAAUAAGCUAGAUUGCUUCGAGACGUAUACGGAUCUACGAGAGUCCGCAUUUCAUCCUGGAAUAUUCGAGGAUGAAGAUUUGACCUACGCGCCUUUCCUAGCGGAUCUCACGAACGGCACGGAGGUGUUUAUAGCACAAGCCAACUUUAUCUCCGGCGGCUGCAUCCUCACAGCAGCGUUAUGCCACGUUGUGUCAGACGGCAUGGGGCUCAAUCAGGUGUGCAAAAUCUGGGCCGCCAACUGCCAAGAUGUGCAGGCAGGAAAUGCGUUGCUGGUGAAGCCGGCGCCCGAGAUUUCCGACCACGGCAUACUAGAACGGAUAUGGGCUGAAGCGCGAGCCCUAAGAUCAGAGCAGCAGAUACCCCUAAAGACCUGGACACUACUCGGUCUUGACCCCCCUGAAGGUAGCCGGGAAUCGACCAAGACCAACGGAUUGCGGAAGAAUAAACGGGCGCGCACGGCGGACACUAGUAGCUCCAGAGGUUACAUGAAGUCGUACAUUUUCUACAUGUCGCCGGAAAGCGUCACAACGUUGCGGAAAGAAUGCGCCAAUGAGCCCGGUGCGGGCGGCGUGUCUGUCAACGACGCGAUCUCCGCGCUGGUCUGGCGCUGUCUGCUCAAAGCGAGGGUGGCGGCCAGAAAAGCUCUGGGCGCGGGGACCGCGAGCGGAGACAACCACCACCCUGGCGACGGCGAGGACGAGGAAGACAUGGUCCUCGACUUGCCUUUCGACGGGCGAUCCUACUUUCCGGACUCGGUGCCGUCGAACUAUAUGGGUAACUUCAGCCUGAUCAACCGCGUCAGACUCCAGCAGUCACAGCUGGUGGCGCCCUCAUCAAGCAUCGGCUCAGUCGCACGGGCGAUCCGCCAGAUCGCGAGCGAAGCCACCAGCGACGCGAUCAUGAACGCCUACACGCUGGUCAAGACGGCGCGGGAGCGCAGAGCGAUCAACCUGCAGAACUUGAAUAUUGACAGCAACGGGCUCAUGAUCACGUCGCUAAUAGCGUUGGAGAUAACCAGGUGCUGCUUCGGCGACGAGCUGUUCGAGAACGACGGCUACCCCGAGGCGAUGCGCACGCUCAUGGGCACAAUCAACAAGACCUUCCGAUACUGCGUCAUCCUGCCGAAGAAGCGGCACGGCGGCGUCGAGUUCGUGGCCAACUUACUAGACGACGAGGCGGAUCUCUUACUCAAAGACGAGGAAUUUGAACGGUUCGCGGUGUUCGUGGCAUAGCGAAGAAAUAGUGGAGGGUAGAGGAAAUUUCAAGAACGCAAUGCCACGCGUCUACGCGCGCGCGUCUGAGGCAUCGCUCGUAACUGUGCGUAACAUGUGUAACAGGCGUGAGGUGACGCGGCUACAACUAGGUAUAUAGGUACAUCGCGCCUAGCAAGCCGCUAUUAUAUUAAACCGCCUUACUGAUUGCGCCUGUACAUAUCUCGCAACCCGACCCUCUCUCACCAUGAUCUCACGAUCUCUCGAGAAAUUCAUAGCGAGCGGGGUUUACCUGAGCGUAUCUGUGAGAGAAGAAAUAGGUACCUACUCAUAGGUAAGUAUGUAAUAUUCUUCCGCGUUAAAGCUUUUUUUCCCCCUGCCCUCACCAGGUCUUUCCCAAGCUCAUGCCUCCUAUCUCACUAACGCCAGCUUGAUGGUUGAGGUAGCAAGUAGAGACAGCCGGAUAAACAGUACUACCUAAGGUAAUAUCACUUCAUAAUCACCAAUACCCCCCUAAUAUACCUACUCUCAAAG